AUGGCAGGGAAGGACGGCAUCUGGCUGGUCUCCGGGCAGGGCCGGGGCCCCCAGAAAGCAAGACCCUGGGGUCACCAUGUGACAAGAUGGUCAAACCGAGGCUCAGCCGACCCAGCAGCUGUCCACCUCACACGCAGCGGGCACGCUGCAGAGCUGGAAUCGGCCGGACUAGAAGCUUCCGUGACCAACCGGAAUCUCAGCGAUGCCCGAGGAAGGGUUCAGAACGGCCGCUGUCCAUGCCACGCGGACCACGGGCAGAGGUGGACGAGCGCGCGCCGCCGCCCCAGCGCCCGCCGCCAGGGGGGCCUGCGGGAGGGGCGCCCGCGGCCUCGGCGCCCCCUGGCUGCCGGGCGACGCCCCUCCGCCUCCCCAGCGCCUGUCGGGGGCCGGAUUAGGAAGCCGGGGCGCGGGAGUGGCCCCCGGGCGCGGGGUCAAGGUCACCCGGCAGGGCACGGGGAGGCCCCCCGGGAGCAGAGGCCGGCGCCGGGCGCGGAGGCGGCGGCAGCGGCUGGAGAACUGAAGGCGGCGGGCUGGUCACUCCCACCUUGCCCAGGCCUGACUGCAACCCACAUACUCCACAGACCUGGAAACAGCCUCUGCUCACCGCCUCCCCUUAUCAACCUGGAAGCCAGAGGACUCCCUCCAUCACAAAGCCUCUUCCAUGCUUGCCUUCUUCCCGAGGACCCUCCUGACAGGUGGGUCUGCCACUCCCCAUUUCACAGAUGGGGAUCAAGAAUGCCAGGGAUUUGUGGAAGUAAGCAGCCCGAUUAUGGAAAAGGGAAGGACGGACUCAGCAGCCUCACGGUGCGUGUCGGGGUGGACCUCAGGACUCCCGAUCCCCAACCUGCCACGCCUUUGUGCCAUCUCCGUGGCUUUCCUUGGCUUUUCAGGAAGUUAUUUUCUCUGAUAAUUAGUAUUCAUCCUUUAAAAAUAAGACUUGAACAGCUUCUGGAAUGAGCUACCCCUGUUUCUCUCCAGAGACGGUCUCCUGCUCCAUCAUGGAGAGCAAAGGGAAAAUAAGAUUCAGUGUAUGGAAAUGGGCUCUGAAGGUGACCAGCCGGGUCCCUACAACAAGGGCAGACAAGGCAGGUGUAGAGUCUGGAACUUACCUGGGGCGCUCAGGCAAUGUGGGGGCCAUGUAGCCCCCAAGGGUAGGUGAUGGGCUCAUUGGGGGCGGGGUGGAGGGGCCUCUUGAGUCAGUGACCCAGACCCCCCCCCCCCCGCUACAGAUGGGCCAUUCCCCAGGCCACCAGCAACUCUUUUCAUUCCCAGAUCUGUUUCUGUGGCCACUAAGGACAAAAAUCAUUUGUCACUGGGGUGUCUGAUCUGCAGAGGAACUUCUUAGAGUCCUCCAAGCCUUCGGGACCCAACAACAUAGAGCCCUCACUUUGGGAUUUCGGGCCCCACAGCUGGCCAGCCCAGCCGAGGCAGGACACAAGGAGGUCUGCCAUCGGGGCACGGGCAGACCUGUGGCCUCCGUCUCUCUGGUCCCAGGGUUUGGCCCUGGCGAGUCGUCUAGAGCACCACUGGCCCACAGAAGUAGAACGUGAGCCACAAAAUUCACGCCACAGAGGGAAUUUUAAAUUUCCUAGUAGCUGCGUUUAAAAAAAAAAAAAAAAAGUGAAGAAGAAACAGGUGAAAUUCACUUCCACGAUACAUGUUAUUCACCCCAGCCUUGUAGUCAGUGUAUGCAGUCCAAACGGUAUUCGUUUCAACGCAUAAUAGUAUUUUCUUUUAUAUGGAAAUAUUUUCUAUUUUGUAGUCCCUGCCUUAGACGAAGUCUCUGAUAUCCAGUGUCUGUAGUACACUUAGAACACCUUCCAGUUCGGCCGAGACAGACUUUUCA